UAAGACGCAUAGAAGAACCUAUAUGGCAGCUGCAAAGUUUUUUCCACGUAAACUUCUUUCGUUCUUGUCAAAAUUCCAAUUCAAAAGACAAACAAAUCCAUCUUCUCUUCAAUUUAGGUUCAGAAAAGGCCAUGCGACCCACUCAAUGUUUCAGAAAUUCACCUCUCUUCCCCAUAAUAAUAUCAAAUCAGAACAAAUAACCAGCCUGGUGUUUCACUUAGAGGCUGCACUGUUGAAGUCAUCUUCACUUUUUCCAUACUUCAUGCUUGUGGCCUUCGAAGGUGGAGGGCUUUUAAGGGUUCUCAUAUUGUUUCUUUUGUACCCUUUGGUUUGGCUGUUUGGAGAGAAACAAAUAGGCCUGAAUAUUAUGGUUUUUGUAAGUUUUGUUGGGAUAAAAAGUGACAAGUUUAGAAUUGGAAGUUCAGUUUUGCCCAAGUUUCUGUUGGAAGACGUUGGAAAUGAAGGGUUUAAUGCGGUGAUGAAUUAUGGUGAUAAAAGGAAGAUAGCAGUGAGUGAGAUGCCUAGAAUUAUGGUGGAGUGUUUUGUGAAAGAUUAUUUAAGAGUUGAUGGUGUUGAGGGGAGAGAAUUGAAGGUAUUUUGUGGGUAUUUUUUGGGUUUAAUGGAGGGAAAAAAGGGAAAUCCAGUUGUUUUAAAAGAGUUUCAUGGUGAUGGGAAAAUGGGUGGUUAUGCUAUUGGUAUUGGGUGCUUCGAAUAUAAGGCUUUUGAUGACCAUCUCUUUUCAUAUUGCAAGGAAAUAUACUGGGUGACAGAAGCAGAGAAAAGGAAGUGGGAAAUCCUCCCGAGGGAAAAAUACCCAAAGCCUCUGAUCUUUCAUGACGGAAGAUUGGCUUUCAGGCCAACCCCACUUGCCUCCCUAUUCAUGUUCAUGUGGCUUCCUCUCGGAAUCUUUGUUUCCAUUAUCAGAUUUACCUCUGGCACCUUAUUACCUCUCUCCAUUGUCAAUCUUGUCAAUUCUUCAACUGGCUUUAAAUCCACUCUAUCAAUAUCCAACCCCUCCUCAAUUAAUUCUACCAAUUAUGAUAACAAACCUACUGGUCUCCUCUAUGUUUGUAACCACAGAACACUCUUGGACCCAAUUUAUGUUUCAAUUUUUAUCAUGAAACCCGUCACUGCAGUCACUUACAGUACCAGCAGAUUCACUGAGAUCAUGUCUCCGAUCAAGACCGUCGGAUUAACAAGAGAUCGGGAGAAAGACAAGGAAAUAAUGGAACAAGAGUUAAGCCGAGGCGACCUUGCGGUUUGCCCUGAAGGAACCACUUGUAGGGAGCCAUAUCUAUUGAGGUUUAGUCCUCUGUUUGCAGAGAUGACUGAUGAGAUUGUUCCUGUGGCUAUAGAUAUGCAGGUUAGCAUGUUUUAUGGAUCGACAGCCAGUGGAUUCAAAUGGUUAGACUCUAUAUAUAACUUACUCAAUCCAUUUGCUAUGUACUCUGCCACGAUUCUUGAGAAGCUACCCUCUUCCCAAACAUGUAACUCCGGCGGGAAAUCGAGGAUUGAAGUUGCCAAUUAUGUGCAGAACAAGAUUGGCAAAGCUUUAGGAUUUGAGUGCACCAGUCUUACGCGGAAAGACAAGUACAUGAUCUUGGCAGGUAAUGAGGGGAUCACAAAGUAAAUUAAGUAGUAAACCGCAGAGACAUGGGAACUUCUCAACUGCUACUAGAACAUGUGUAUAUUUCAAGGUUUUUCAAUGUAAUAAGCAACACUUAAUUAUGCAUGCUUCAGUACCUCUGCCUCAUUCUUGCCGAAAUGCGCACUAAACCUGUGCCUGAAUUUAGAAGGACAUAAAUAACUAAAC